GGCGGCGGCUGCGGUGUAGAGAGCAGAGCUGGCCUCUCUGGACGCGCCUCUGCUAAAGCGGCUUGCAUCCCGGGCGCUUCCCCGCUUUCAGGACCUUCUCUGCUCGACAGCGCAGUGCGCUGAGUGGCACCGGCCAUGAGGGUGGCAGGGCCGCCUCCCCGCUCCCAGGUGGACAGAGAAUGAAAUCUGGCAAGCUCGUCGGCAUGGUCUGCAGACUCUCGGCGCCUGGCUCUCUGCUGCUCGGACUGCUGGUUGGCCUUCUCCCAAGAAGCACGCUGGCGUUCGCCAUACCGGCUGAAAACCGCACAGCAAGGGAUCCUGGCUCCGUCCCCCAGAUCAUUGAGAUGCUGGGAGAUGUGUAUGAAUACGUGCCCAUCCUCCAGGACUGGUGGCAUGCAGAUGGGUACUGCCAGCAGCGCUUCGCUCGGCUGCCAUCUGAGCUGGCGUCUCUUGGGGAGAAGCUGCAGUCCUACCAAGUCCAGAGCGCAGUCUGGCUGGAUGACCGGGAGGUGUUCCUGCAGAAGCCGAAGCAGAGGCGAAACAUCUCUGCACCAAUCCUGGUCUUCAAGAACAAAACGGACACCAAGUUUGUGAAGGUCUUAGCCGACUUCCCAGAGAUGCCCGCUGUGAGUGCCUGCGCCCAUGUCCAGUGGGACCCUGAGGCUGUGGAGAUCUCCACUGUCUUCUCCUACGCGGUCCCGGCUUUCAUCAACGAGUUCCAGUUGCGUGGCUUCGUCGACGAGGAUGGCUUUGUCCGGUUUGCCAUCAUCCUCCAUGGGCACCACUCCCCGUACCUGCCCGUUUUUCGUGCCGAUGGGCAGUGGCACCACUUCUGUGUCACAUGGCAGCAUCAGAAUGGGGCAUGGGCCAUCCAUGCUGACGGGAAGGAGAAGGCCUCAGCCACAGGGCUUUCAGCCUCCCAUGCCGUGGAUGGCCACGGGACGUUCAUUAUCGGGCAAGACCAGGAUUCCCUGGGUGGAGCCUUCAAGGAGAAAGAGUCCUUCAGCGGGAACCUCACUGGUUUGCAUGUUUGGCGGAGGGUCCUCAGCAGGGAGCAGAUAGAGAAAGUCCGCUCCUGCAUCCCUAUUCAAGAGAGCCUCGUGUUUGCCUAUAGCAGUGACAUCCUCGAGGUGGAAGCCAGCAUCCAGCAGGCCACAGUGCAGCUCACCUGCCCAGGGCCUGUGGAGGAAUGCCCAAUGUUUCAGGUCGUCCAGGGAAGCCUCGCUUAUGCUCCUUGCCUGCAGCUGCUACCUUUUGUCUGCCAUUACAAAAAAGAUCUUUAUUUGCAGUUGAAGAAAACACAGUCGAAACCUGUCCCACAGCUCAUAGCUCAGGUUAAUGCGCGAGCGAAUGCGACAGUGAUUCCCGAGCGUGUCUUCCAGUCAGAAGUCCGAGGUGUGGACCUUUCAGUAGCCGCUGGUUACCUAGGGGUGGUGGAGACGGUCCUGACGGAGGCUGAGCCUCCCUCUCUGGAGCCAGCUGCUCUUCUGGGCAUCUUGCAACUGCUGAAGGAGGUCUCAGACAUGGAUGCCAACGAGCCGGAGGAACUGGCAACGCUGGAGCAGCUGGGGCAGCACUACGUGGCAAUUGCCGGGGCAAUCCUGGAGGAGCAGAACGCCGAGGAGUGGUCCGAAAUAAAGCCGAUCCUUGAUGGACCCAUGACAGUUGUGGAAAACAUGGACAAGAUGGUUUCCAACCUCCAUCAGCUCCUGAGUGCAGAGAGGCCCAAAGUCACCAUCCGGAGUAAGAACGUUGGUAGCCCAGUAUCUUCUAAGAUGACCCUGCCCUUGACCCUUUGCUCCCCAGGAGUAGAAGUGCGACGUGUCUCUCUCGACCGAGCAACAGCUGAUGGCGCUGCGUACAUGAUGCUGAACCAAGACGCUCCAGACCAGAUCGAAGUCCCAAGGGAAGAAGUGGAGAGGCUGAGAGUGAGAGGUCUGCGCCAGAUCACCAUGACCAACACCUGGUACGGCUACAGUUCCCUCCAGCGCCUUCUCACCAGUGGCAACGCUGUGCUCCAGGAUGCAGCCGUGUCAGACGGGGGAAGGAGGUAUUUGAGCACGCAGGCAGGCUCCUCCAUCAUCUCCUCCUCUCUGGUCAGCGACUACGAGGAAAUCAGCACCACUGUGCGUUACCGCCUCUGGCACCGGGUCCAGGCUCUGCCAGACCAGUUUGUGGAGCCAGUGUGCGCUUUCUGGAACUUCAGCAGAAGCCCCACAGGAGGAAGGGGAGGCGGCUGGUCGACUGCAGGCUGCUCUGUUGUCACCUCCCACCUGGAGUUCACCACCUGCUCUUGCAACCACACCACCAACUUUGCAGUGCUGCUGCAGGUCUACGAAGUGCAGAGGAGUGCAGAGGAGUCGUCAACCCUGAAGACCUUGACCUUUGUCGGCUGCGGUGUCUCGUUCUGUGCCCUGAUCGUCACCUUUGUCCUCUUCCUGGCAGUUGGUGUCCCCAAGAGCGAGAGGACCACGGUGCACAAGAACCUGAUAUUCGCGCUGGCAGCUGCAGAGGCCUUGCUCAUGUUCAGCGAAUUGGCCAAAACCAACCAGGGAGUGUGCUUUGCCGUCACGGCCUUCCUGCACCUCUUCUUCAUGGCUGCCUUCGCCUGGAUGCUGGUGGAAGGUCUCCUCCUGUGGAGCAAAGUGGUGGCUGUGAACAUGAGCGAGGACCGGCGGAUGCGGUUCUACUACGUGACUGGAUGGGGGCUUCCUGUGCUUAUUGUUGGUGUGACCCUGGCCACGUCGUUCAACAAGUACGUGGCAGAGAACCAUUGCUGGCUGAACGUGCAGACGGACAUCAUCUGGGCUUUUGUGGGGCCGGUCCUCUUCGUCCUGACGGUGAACACCUUUGUGCUUUUCCGAGUGGUGAUGGUGACUGUCUCCAGUGCACGGCGACGGUCAAGGAUGCUGACCCCUAACAGCAGCUUGGAAAAGCAGAUUGGCAUCCAGAUCUGGGCAACAGCCAAACCAGUGCUGGUUCUGCUGCCAGUCCUGGGUCUGACCUGGGUGUGUGGUGUUCUUGUGCACGUCAGCAUCACGUGGGCCUACAUCUUCAUUGUGCUGAACUCCCUCCAGGGUCUCUACAUAUUCCUGGUCUAUGCCAUCUACAACAGCGAGGUGCGAAAUGCCAUCCAGCGGAUGAAGGAGAAGAAAAAGGCUCUCUCUUUCACAAACUGUUCCCACCCCAUCAACUAUCUGUCAAGCCCUAGGAACACGUCCUGGGAGGUGGGUAAGUUCAGCCCCUCCACCCCAGAGAAUACAGCCUCCCCCUCCUCGGAGAAGGACUCUGCAACGAAGAACAGCAGCGGCAAGGGUACAAAGGCAACUUCAGCGCCAAAAUCCCAGCGGGACUUGCAUCAAUUAUGUCUCCAGAGAGGCCGGCUUAUGAGAGGAGCUGCCCUGGGUGAUCUCCUCCUCGUCCACCCCAGUUCAACACAAAUGAACGAAGAAUUGCAUCAGAAGGCCAUGUGCAUCUGGCUGUUUCUUCCUCCACUUUCCCAAUAUCUGGCAUUGAACAGGCUGGGCUUUGGCCCCUGGUUCACUGGCCAGGGGAGGAUUUGCCAGGCGUCCUUCUUCCCCGACUCAUCCAUUCUGGUUUCCUUAAAUCUGCUGGUGUCCUGCUCUCGCGGACUGUGACUCUUGCUGGCUUUUCUUAUCAUGUGCUUUGUAUGUCCUUGGAACAGCAAACCUGGGAGUUCACAGUCAAAAUUCACCCACCCCAGCCCACUUUGCUUUCUGUGUUUUGGGCGAGAGAUAGGGCGUUGUUUUCUCGUGUGAGAAAGGUUCCGUCACCCUGCUCAUGUCCCUACAAGACGUGCCACUGGUUUCUCAUUUUUAAAAAACCAACAGCCGAGUGAACACAGUGGAAAUGCAUUGAGACCUGACCCACGGCAGAGCUCUCCUCCCCGUUGCUUGUGAGGGAGCCAGUGUAAGGGUUAGGGGUCUCAGGCUGUGAUGUGGGGAAACUGGCCUUGAAUCCCCACUCAGUCAAGUGAAGCUCACUGGCCAGCCACUGCCUCUCAGCCAAACCUCUCUCACAGGGUUGAGAGGAUGAAAAGUGGGGGGACCAUGUACCCCUCCUUGAGCUCCAGGGAGGAAAAGGUGGUCUGCAAAUGUAAUUAGUAAAUAACGACACUUGUGGCCCUGUUAAACGCUCCCAAAGUGGCACGUAGAGAUUGCCCACUGAAUCAGCAACGCACUAGGGGCCUGCACCUUCAAUUCCUCUUGCUUCUGCUCUGGUGGCCUAAAUUGCCUGUCCCCCCUUUUGGGGAGCCCUCCACCUGCCGCCCAAGGCACCUCGUGGCCUUCCUCUCUGCUCUCCUGCCUCCAAGCUUUCCUCAUCCCCGGGGUCUUCCUCCAUGACGCCAGAGGGUUAAACGUAUCUUCAAUGCCAGCUCUGCGAAGUCAACGCCCGCCUUUUCUCCCGUUCAGAAUUUGCUCUGUGUUCUUUAAGUGUCUCGGUGCCCUGAGCCUGUUGUUAGAAACCUUUAGGAUUUUUUUAAAAGUAAUAAUAUUGUGACACAGUUUUAAAAAUGGUGGAGCCAUGCUUUUGCAAACUAACCCACCUCCUGGUUUUCUGCUGUUUUCUGUGUCUUGCUCUGUUGCUGCUGUCUGUUCGUCGUUUUAACAAACCGAUUGUAUGGAUUAGUAUCUGAAUGACUUGAGCUUCCCUUGGAGGGAAAGUGGGGUUUAUUAAACUUUCAGGAUAACUA